GUUAAUGAUAAAUAAAGAUCCAGUUUAAAGAGUAUCAAUGAAGGAGGCAAUGAGUCAUAAUUGGAUUUAAAAUUAAUCUGAAAUAAGUUUACCUUUUGAUUAAACAUUUUUUAGAAAUAUUACCUAAUUUAAUGGGUAUAAUAAUUUAAGAGUGGCUAUAUACUAAUUUAUUACAGUUUAAGCACUUAAAAAAGAAGAAUGUGAAAAAUGUUUAGAAGCUUUUAAAAAACUUGAUAAAAAUGGAGAUGGUGUUUUAUGUGAGGAUGAAAUAUUAUAAGGAAUGCUCAUGGUUAAUAUAAAUUAAAUUUAAUCUUAAAUUAUGAUAAAAGAAAUUAUGAAUCAAAUAGAUACAAAUGAAUCUGGUAAAAUAGAUUUUACAGAAUUUAUUACUGCCUCAGUUUUGUAAGAGAAAUAAAUAUUGAAAUAAAGUUUAAAAGCAGCAUUUAGGCUAUUUGAUUUAGAUGGUAAUGGUACAAUUUCAAGAUCAGAAAUAGAGGAAAUAUUUGGAGGAAUUUAAAUUGAUAAUAAUGCUUGGUAAGAAAUCUUAACAUCAUGUGAUCAUAAUAAAGAUGGUUAAAUUGAGGAGACCGAAUUUAUAGCUUUAUUAGAAAAUCUGUAAUGA